UCAAAAUCACUAGGCUUGUUCUGUGGGUCUUCUUCUUCCCGUUACUGCUCUUGGGUUGAAAGAAAAGUAAAGAGUAGUCCUCUUUAUGCUUUAGCUCUCAGUGACAGUCGAGCAGAAUCUUUGUUAUGCUGACAUUCUCUCUCUCUCUCUCUCUCUCUGAAGGAAUUACAGGUAUUUGUUGUUCUUUAAUUCCCAUUCCCAUUCUCUCUACGCUAAUAAGUUGUACACCAACCCAAUUUGAUAUUGUCUUUUAUACUAAUUUACCUGCUUCAUCUCCACGCCCUUCACAAUCCUUGCUCAACCCAUCUUCUCAUUUCAACCAUGGGACACGAAAGAUGGGUUUUAGCUCUCCCAACCUGUAAAACCCCUACCUCACAUCAUCAAAUUCCACUCUUGUUGCUCGUAAUGCUAUUUCUGCUGUUAACUCCACCUUCUCUGUCUAUCAAUGAGACUGACACUGAAACUGAUCUUCUUCACCCAAAAGACAGAAAUGCCCUUGUCUUGUUCAAGUCACAGGUACAAGACCCAUACCAGUUCUUGUCCAGUUGGGUUGGGUCCAAUUGCACCAACUGGACCGGGGUCACCUGCUCCAACCGGACUGGCCGAGUCAUUUCCAUCAACCUCACUGGCAUGAAUUUGUCAGGCCUAGUUCAUCCCAGUCUAUGUAAGCUCUUGUUUCUUGAAACCCUAAUCUUGCCCCAUAACAGCUUUUACGGUUCAUUACCACCCUGUUUGUGUAAGCUAAUGAAUCUCAAAACCCUAGAUUUUGGGCAUAACAUGGGUUUGAAUGGCACUGUUCCCCCCUGCAUUGGGAAUUUCUCUAUGACACUUGAACGCAUUGACUUGAGUUUCAAUUCAUUCACAGGGGAAAUUCCUGAAACAUUGUAUUACUUGAAAUCACUCAAGUAUUUGGAUCUUUCUCAUAACAACUUACAGGGAAAUCUUGGCGAUUUUGGCCAGUCUUUGGUGUAUCUGAAUCUGGAGUCUAAUUCUAUUUCGGGUACUUUGCCUUGCCUUUCAGCCUCUGUCGAAUCGAUUUGGGUUCUAAAUUUAGCUAAUAACUCUAUUUUGGGAGGAAUACCUUCUUGCAUUUCAUCCCUUCGAGAAUUGAGACAGCUGAAUCUGUCUUUUAAUGGAUUAAGAUACGGGAUUUCGCCUAUACUCUUGUUCUCGGAUAAACUAGUUGUUUUGGAUCUAAGUUUCAACUCUUUGUCCGGGUUGCUUCCAAGAAAAAUUGCAGAAGGGGGCUCAGAGAAAUCGGGGCUUUUACUUCUUGACCUGUCACACAAUCAGUUUUCUGGUGAUAUUCCGUUGACCAUAACGGAAUUGAAAAGCUUGCAAGUGUUGUUCCUUUCCAACAAUCUUCUCACAGGUGAAAUCCCAGAAAGGAUUGGCAAUUUGACGUAUCUCCAAGUGAUUGAUCUUUCACACAACUUGCUGUCUGGUUCCAUUCCUUUGAACAUUGUCGGUUGUUUUCAACUACUUGCAUUGAUACUGAAUAAUAACAAUCUUUCUGGUGAAAUUCAGCCAGAACUCGAUGCAUUGGAUAGUUUGAAGAUACUAGAUAUAAGCAAUAAUGAGAUCUCUGGAGAAAUCCCACUAACUUUGGCAGGCUGUAAAUCAUUGGAGGUUGUAGAUUUCAGCUAUAACAAUCUCUCUGGAGCUCUGAAUGAUGCAAUAACCAAAUGGGUAAACCUCAGGUUUAUCUCCCUUGCUCAAAAUAAGUUCAGUGGAGCUCUACCCACUUGGCUGUUCUCAUUUCAAUUAAUCCAAACAAUGGAUCUAUCUGGAAACAAGUUUUCUGGCUACAUACCAGAUGGAAACUUCAACUUCAGCUUAAAGUUCAACAGUAGUAACUUUGGUACGACAACAUCGUUUGAACAGUUGCCAAUAUUGCAAAGUCUGCAGAUGAAACUCUCUGUGCUUGUUUCUGAUAUCAAUGAGUUGGGCUUCGAUUAUCACCUAUUUUCUGCAGUUGGAAUCGAUUUAUCUCGUAACUUGCUCCAUGGGGAGAUUCCAGUUAGUCUGUUUGGAUUACAUGGUUUGGAGUAUCUGAACUUAUCUUACAAUUUUCUUGAUGGGAAGGUUCCAACGAGUUUGAACAAUAUGUCGAGUUUAAGGGCCUUGGAUUUGUCACAUAAUUCGCUGUCAGGUCAGAUCCCUGAGAACAUAUCCUGUCUUGGAAACCUCACCCUGUUGAAUCUCUCGUAUAACUGCUUCUCUGGUAUUCUUCCCAAGAAACAGCGAUAUUCGAGGUUUCCAGGAGCAUUUGCAGGCAAUCCAGAUUUGUGCGUGGAGGAGUCCCCUGGUGAAGCGUGUCAGACGAAAGGCCUUCCUACAGUGCCGAACAAGAAUUUUGAAGAAGAAACGGAUGGGCCAAUUUCAAUAUGGGUAUUCUGUAUAAGCGCAGUUGUUAGCUUUUACUUUGGUAUCAUUACUCUCUUUUGCUCUGCUCGUACGAGAAACUACAUCCUCCAAACAAAACUGUAAUCUUGUCUAUUUGUAUGAGAGUGGAAACUCUCUUGGUUGUACAUUUACAUUUCUGAGUGCUUUGCCUAGUUCUGUAUCAACUCCUCCUGUUUUGGUAGCUGUAUGUUCUACUUGCAAAGCAUUUUUCAUUUUACUA